GAAACACUCCUUUACAUCUUGCUGUGAUGUUGGGACAUAAAGAAUGUGCUCACUUGCUUUUAGCCCAUAAUGCUCCAGUAAAGGUGAAAAAUGCUCAGGGAUGGAGCCCUCUUGCAGAAGCCAUCAGCUAUGGAGACAGACAAAUGAUUACAGCACUCCUAAGGAAGCUUAAACAGCAGUCCAGGGAAAGUGUUGAAGAAAAACGACCUCGAUUAUUAAAAGCCCUGAAAGAGCUAGGUGACUUCUAUCUAGAGCUUCACUGGGAUUUUCAAAGUUGGGUGCCUUUACUUUCCCGAAUUCUGCCUUCUGAUGCAUGUAAAAUACACAAACAAGGUAUAAAUAUCAGGCUGGACACAACUCUCAUAGACUUUACUGACAUGAAGUGCCAACGAGGGGAUUUAAGCUUCAUUUUUAAUGGUGAUGCCGCACCCUCUGAAUCUUUUGUAGUUUUAGACAAUGAACAAAAAGUUUACCAGCGAAUACAUCAUGAGGAAUCUGAGAUGGAAACAGAAGAAGAGGUUGACAUUUUGAUGAGCAGUGAUAUUUACUCAGCAACAUUAUCAACCAAAUCAAUUACCUUCACACGUGCCCAAACGGGAUGGCUUUUUCGAGAAGACAAAACAGAAAGAGUAGGAAACUUUUUAGCAGAUUUCUACUUGGUUAAUGGACUUGUAUUAGAAUCAAGGAAAAGAAGAGAACAUCUCAGUGAGGAGGAUAUUCUUCGAAAUAAAGCUAUCAUGGAGAGCCUGAGUAAAGGCGGCAACUUAAUGGAACAAAAUUUUGAGCCUGUCAGACGGCAGUCACUUACUCCGCCAUCACCCAAUACAAUUACAUGGGAAGAGUACAUAUCUGCUGAAAAUGGAAAAGCUCCUCAUCUGGGUAGAGAGCUGGUCUGCAAAGAAAGCAAGAAAACCUUUAAAGCUACGAUAGCUAUGAGCCAAGAAUUUCCCUUAGGAAUUGAAUCAUUGUUGAAUGUUUUAGAAGUAAUUGCACCAUUCAAGCACUUUAACAAACUUAGAGAAUUUGUUCAAAUGAAGCUUCCACCAGGCUUUCCUGUAAAAUUAGAUAUUCCUGUAUUUCCCACCAUCACAGCCACUGUGACUUUUCAGGAGUUCCGUUAUGAUGAAUUUGAUGAAUCCAUCUUCACUAUUCCUGAUGACUACAAGGAGGACCCCAGCCGUUUUCCUGAUCUCUAACUAAACUGGAAGGUUAAUGGUGAAUAACAAUACCAGCGUACCACAGUGAAAGCAAAUGGAUGCAAAUAGCCCACAGAUAUAGAUAGAGAAGUGGGUCAUAAAGGAAGGGAUAAACUUAAUAAUCCAGAAGAAAAGGGAACAUGCAUCAAAUGACUGAUGUACUGAUACUCACUAUAAUGGGCAUCUAAUCUAGUUCGUGAUUUACAGCAAGUCUCCUGAUGUGUUGUUCACACUUUUAUACAUUCAGUUCUGCAAGUGUGGUAGUCUGACACCUCGAUGACCCUGAGAAUACUUAACAGCUGUGAGGACUAUCAUUCGUUUUUAAAUUUUUUACAUUUCUUGUUGAUACAAAAAGCACUCUUGGACCAUUAGCAUAAAAGUUGAACUGUCUUAGCUGGAUAUUAGCCCUAUAAAACAUCCCACCAUACUUACGAUGACCAUAUUAUAUUCUUUCAAGCUUUGUUUUCAUGAAUUGUAAACUAUGUAUCAUUAUGUAUAGUUCAGUAAUUUGAAUGUUAGUUGAACAUAUAUUAGAAGGAAUGCAUUUUCUGUAGAUGAACGAACCAAAUGGUAACCAUUAAACAAUUGCAUUUUCAUACCGCAAUACACUUCAGAAAUAGCAUUCACUCUGCAGGGAAUAAGGUACCUCCUCUAGCACCUUAGUGCAAUCCAUUGUGGUGCUAUCCAUGUCUCUCUGAAACAUUGAUUUCUUCACUGAGCUGUUUGUUCAUGUUCCUUUCAUUGGGUCUGCUCUUAA